CAGUUGUCUCACAAUGGUACCUAUCUGGAUUUAGAAUCCACUUUAGCAGAACAGCGAGAUGAAUUGGAAGGUUUCCAAGAGGAUGCUGGGAGAGGCAAGAAGCACAGUAUGAUUCUGAGGACCCAACUCUCAGUGAGAGUCCAUGCCUGCAUUGAAAAACUCUACAAUUCCAAUGGACGGGAGCUGAGACGGGCACUUUUCUCUUUGAAACAAAUAUUUCAAGAUGAUAAGGACUUGGUUCAUGAGUUUGUGGUGGUGGAAGGUCUGACUUGCUUGAUCAAAGUGGGAGCAGAAGCAGACCAGAAUUAUCAGAACUACAUCUUAAGAGCUUUGGGCCAAAUCAUGCUGUAUGUUGAUGGUAUGAAUGGAGUAAUAAAUCAUAAUGAAACUAUCCAGUGGCUAUACACUCUUAUUGGGUCGAAGUUCCGCCUUGUCGUAAAGACAGCGCUGAAGCUGCUGCUGGUGUUUGUGGAGUACACGGAAUUGAACGCACCCCUGCUAAUCCAAGCAGUGUCUACAGUGGAUGAAGAGAGAGGAGCCAAGCCAUGGUCCAAUAUCAUAGAGAUCCUGGAGGAGAAGGAUGGUGUUGAUACUGAGCUGCUGGUUUAUGCAAUGACAUUGGUUAAUAAGACGCUGUCGGGGCUGCCAGAUCAAGACUCUUUCUACGAUGUGGUGGACUGUCUGGAAGAGUUAGGCAUGGAAGCUAUUUCACAGAGACACUUGAACAAGAAAGGAACAGACUUGGACUUAGUUGAGCAAUUUAACAUUUAUGAGAUGACACUGAGGCAUGAGGAUGGAGAUGAGACUGCUGACCCUCCUCCCAGUGGGCGCAAGGACAGAAGAAGGGCCAGCCUUGGCACUAGCGAGCGAAGGGGCCUGGAGCGCCGACGGAGCCGGAGACACUCGGUACAGAAUGUCAAAACCACUUUAUCAGCCUCUGCAAGUCCGUGCAGUGAGUCAAACCCUACCUACAUGCUAGGUCAUGGACAGCGCAUUGAAGAUCUCAGUGAGAAAGCGGAGGAAGAGUCUGAAGAACAGGAAGAAGAGCAGCCAGUUACAGAGCCCAAUACUGAGGAUGAGGGGGAGGAAGAGGCCGGUAGGCAGGUCAAAGCCAGUGAGGUCCCAGGUGCCCACGAGUUUACGAAUAAGAACCUUUCACAGUACUCUGAUGCUUCAACCAUCUCAAGUGCAAUUUCUCCACCUAAGAGGCCUCUACCCUGCUCUAGAGCAAAGAGCUCUUCCAGCAGCUCCUCUACUGUGCCUGAUUCAUCUGUCUCCCACCAAAACUCUGUUUAUUCAUCACCAUCUUCACCUGCGGGAGUUUUGCUAAACUCUUCCCAAAAUUCAUCAGCAUCCAUUACCCCAAAGGCAUCUCCGAUGGUAGAGAAGCUACCGUAUGUACCACACACUCCUUUUCACCUCUUCUCAUAUGACUUUGAAGAAACUCCAGCAUCUCUGAAAGAAAAGGAAACAGAUGUGAUAAGGGAAAACAGGUACAAUAGCUGUGGCAGCAGCUCUUACUCUUCUCCACGACCUUACUCUGGACCGAGUGCCCCUACAACACCCACUCCUCGUUAUGGGACAACUCUGUUGCCACCUCAGGAGACCAACUCAGACAGGCCAGCUUUGGGCAGUCUCCUUACAUCGUCUUUUCGACAGCACCAAGAGUCCUUGGCAGCAGAAAGAGAAAGACGACGUCAGGAGAGAGAAGAAAGAUUACAAAGGAUAGAACGUGAAGAAAGAAACAAAUUCAACCGUGAUUAUUUAGACAAAAGAGAAGAACUAAGACAGGCAAGAGAAGAGAGAUACAAAUACUUGGAGAGAUUGGCAGCUGAGGAGUAUGAGAAGGAGCUGAAAAGUCGGAGUGUAAGCCGAGGCAGGAGUGAGCUGUCCUUGAACCUGAGACCUUCAGCGCCAUCCUUGCCGGUACCCAAGUGCAUCAGCCCAGGAUCUAUCGAGUCCCAGGAAGAGCUGAAGACCCCUUCCACUCCCUGCGGGACUCCUCAGCCCUCAGAAGUGAGUGCCAGUGAACCCGAGGCCGAAGCAGAGACAGAGACAGAACCAGAACAGGAGGCUGAGGCCAAGCAGGGAGCGGAGACACUCAAGCAAGUAGAGGCUACAGAGGUGGGACCAGAGAGUGAGGUGGAGCAAAGACCAGAGAGAGAGCCAGAAGAAAGUGCAAUACUCAGUGAAAAAGAGAGGCAGAAUGAGGAAGUGAAUGAAAAAGACAACUGCUCUGCAUCCAGCAUAUCCUCAGCAAGCAGCACUUUAGAGAGGGAAGAGAGAGAGGACAAGUUAACCAGUGACAAUGAAACUGGUCCGUGGUCACAGCCCGUUCAAGAUGCUGGUGUGAAUGAGCAGUGCAGCAACAUUCUCAACAACAAGUGGUUUAUGCUGGACAUGCUGUAUGCGCAUAACAAAAAGCCCAAGGAUGAAGAGGAAAAGGAGCUGGAGGCGAAGGAGGAAAAGAAGGAGAUGGAGGAAAGUGAAGAGUCACUCACUAGUCUAGCCAGUAGGAUCUCUAUCCUUCAGGCCACUAAGCAGGCCAAAGAUGAAAGUGUCAAAAAGAUGGAGAUUAGAAACCUGGACAACCAAGGCAGUGUGAAAGCCUUUGCGGAAAAAUUCAAUAGUGGUGAGCUGGCCAAUGGGACAGCCUUGUCUGAAGAUGAAAUUGGUGAACAGGUCUCUGAGAAAACACCAGCACAGCCAAAGAAGGAAUCUGACUACAUCUGGGAUCAGCUGAUGGCUAAUCCUAGAGAACUGAAAAUCAAAGACAUGGAUUUUACAGACUUGGGGGAGGAGGACGACAUAGACGUGUUGGACAUGGAUAUGGGUCCUGGGGACUCUCUUGUUCCCCCUCCUCCUCCUCCACCUUCUUUUCCGGGUUUCCCACCUCCGCCACCUCCCCCACUGUUUGGAUGUCCACCUCCAUCUCCACCCUCUGCUAAUUUAUUGGCUCCUCCUCCACUCUUCAACACUCCUCAGGGUUUAGGGUCACCCCAGGUUUCUAGGGGUCAGCCAGCAUUCCUAAAGAAGAAGAAAACCAUCCGUCUGUUUUGGAAUGAGGUACGGCCAUUUGAGUGGCAGUGUAAAAACAACAAACGCUGCAGAGAAUUCCUGUGGUCGAAACUGGAACCCAUUAAGGUGGACACUUCCAGACUGGAGCAUCUCUUUGAGUCUAAGUCCAAGGAACUGCCUGUCACAAAGAAAACUGCUGCAGAUGGGAAACGGCAGGAGAUCAUUGUAUUGGACUCAAAACGAAGCAACGCUAUUAAUAUUGGCUUGACAGUGUUGCCUCCUCCACGGACUAUCAAGACUGCUAUUUUGAAUUUUGAUGAAUAUGCCUUAAACAAGGAAGGAAUAGAGAAAAUUCUGACCAUGAUCCCAACUGAGGAGGAAAAACAGAAGAUCCAGGAGGCACAGAUGGCCAACCCAGACAUCCCUCUGGGCAGUGCAGAGCAGUUUCUCCUUACCCUCUCCUCUAUCAGUGAGCUCUCAGCCAGGCUGCAGCUUUGGGCCUUCAAAAUGGACUAUGAGAUAGUGGAAAAGGAAGUUGCAGAGCCACUUUUAGACCUGAAGGAAGGAAUGGAUCAGCUGGAACAUAACAAAACGUUGGGACUUAUCCUUUCUACUCUCCUAGCCAUUGGGAACUUUCUGAAUGGAACCAAUGCCAAAGCCUUUGAGUUGAGCUACCUUGAGAAGGUUCCAGAAGUCAAGGACACAGUACACAAGCAGUCCCUUCUGCACCAUGUCUGUACUAUGGUGGUGGAGAAGUUCCCAGACAGCAGCGAUCUUUAUUCUGAGAUUGGGGCCAUCACUAGGUCAGCCAAGAUUGAUUUUGAGCAGCUCCAGGAAAACUUGUGUCAGAUGGAAAGACGAUGCAAAGCAUCAUGGGAUCACCUUAAGGCUAUAGCAAAGCAUGAAAUGAGGCCAACUCUAAAGCAAAAAAUGUCCGAGUUCCUUAAGGACUGUGCAGAAAGAAUUAUAAUCCUGAAGAUUGUUCAUAGAAGAAUAAUUAACAGGUUUCACUCAUUUUUGUUAUUUAUGGGCCAUCCUCCCUAUGCAAUACGUGAAGUCAACAUCAAUAAGUUCUGCAAAAUUAUUAGUGAAUUUGCUCUGGAAUACCGCACCACCAGGGAACGAGUUUUGCAGCAAAAACAGAAACGAGCUAACCACAGGGAGAGAAACAAGACCAGAGGGAAAAUGAUCACAGAUAGUGGCAAGUUCUCCAGCAACUCACCGCUGUCCCAGAGCCAGCCCCAGGGCCUGCAGUACGCCGAGGACGCGGCUGAGCACGAGCACAUGAAGGCAGUGCUGAAGACCUCCUCCAUCGGCAGGGAGAGCAUGGCUGUGCUGGGCGUUCACACGCGGAGCAGAGCCAGCCGAGGUCGUAUUGAUUCAUGGAAUGCUGGAAACGAUGAUUCACCAAAUGCAACGGAUGACGCAGCGGAUGAGAUCAUGGAUCGCAUUGUAAAGUCUGCCACCCAAGUGCCAAGCCAGCGAGCAGUGCCUAGAGAGAGGAAGCGAUCACGAGCAAACAGGAAGUCAUUAAGAAGGACACUAAAAAGCGGCCUAACACCAGAAGAAGCCAAAGCACUGGGCCUGAUCAGCACCUCUGAGAUGCAGGUUUGAUGUCCUGAAGAUGGCAACGAGAAGAGUCGUUACCUUUAUCACGCAGGCUGAUAGCCCUUCAGUGCGGCGUUGUCCUGCCAGCCUCAUCUGCUGCUCCCAACAUCCUAUCCUUUCUGUUAAUUCAAUUUGAAUAAGAAACAAAAAGAGAAAAC